GUUAAGCAUUGAAUCUGGCUUAUACUUUGCUGGCUGCGAGCGGGGCGAGCUGCUGCUCUUGAAUAAGGCCCUUGCAACACCUUUGCCACGCCAGACAGCGCAGGUUGCUGCGUGUCAAAAUGUUGGCGUCCAGGCUUUGCAAGCUUUCGGGCUUCAGGAGUGCGCUCGGAGUGCAGGCAGCGGCGCCGGUCCCUCGCUUUGCCGUCAGCCGCCGUGUUGCGAUUACAUACGCGCAGCUCGCUCCCAGCAACAGCAGUGAGCGGGACGAGUCUGCUGAUGGGAAGUCUGCGGCAGGGUCGGUACAGUCGCCGCUCGGGACCGUGUCGCCUGUGCCUCUGGUGCCGGCGCGUGACGUGCGCGCGGAGGCAGCCACGGGCGGCGGUGACGGUGGCUCGACAGGCGGCAGCAGCGGUGGCGGCGGUGGUGGCGGGGGCGGGGGCGGGGGCGAGGGGGCCGGCAACAGCGACGACGACCGCAUCCUGACGCUGAGCGAGGUGGAGGCCUUCGCCGCGGAGAAGAAGCUGAGCCUGCCCGCCGACAUGCUGGAGGUGGCCAAGAAGUUCGGACUGCGGUCCUCGGUGCUGAACGCCUUCCUGGCGGCCCAGGGCCUGGUGUUCACCGGCCUGCUGUGCCGCACCAUGCCCUACUUCCGCGACCGCAUCCUGGCCGACCCGCUGUUCCUGUUCAAAGUGGGCGCCGAGGUCGUCAUCGACUCGGGCUGCGCCACAGUGGCGGAGGUCCGCAAGCGCGGCAAGGACUUCUGGGCCGAGUUUGAGUUCUACCUGUCUGACCUGUUGGUGGGCCUGGUGCUGGACGUGGUGCUGGUGUCGCUGAUGGCACCCGCAGCGGUGCUGGGCGGCGUCAGCCGAGCGGCCAUGAGCAACAGCCCGUUGAAGAAGUGGCUGGCCACCAUCCCCUCCGCUGUGUUUGAGGCGUCGGUGCCUGGCGUCAAGACCUUCAACGUGGGCCAGCGCAUCGCCUGCCUGGGCGUCAAGUUCCUGGAGUACAGCCUGGCGGGCAUCACCUGCGGCCUGCUGGGCCAGGGCCUGGCCAACUCCCUCAUGCUCCUCAAGCGCCAAGUGCACGGCGCCAAGGAGGACGACGUGCCGGUGCCGCCGCUGUUCAAGACGGCGCUGGUGUGGGGCCUGUUCAUGGGCGUGUCCUCCAACACGCGUUACCAGAUCGUGUUCGGCCUGGAGCGCCUGGUGGACAUGACCAUUGCGCGCUCCAUUCCGCAAGUGGCCUACGGCACGACCAUUGCCAUCCGCUUUGUCAACAACGUGAUUGGUGGCGAGAACUUCAUUGACAUGGCGCGCUGGGCUGGCGUCCAGUAGGUUGGCUGGCCUCUUGCGCGCAAAGCCAGGGAGCAGGCAGGACUGCAGCGUUGUGGAAAGGGGCAGGCAGGCAUGCUGCGAGGUGCGGUGACAGCGGUGCGCAGUCCGUCGUGACACAUGGCACCAGCUAGCUGCGUAAGAUACGAAUGCGGGGACGCACUUACAACACGUGUGCACAGUUGCAGUAUGGAGUGAGCCCGCCACAGCCUGUCGCCUACGUCUUGAGCAAUGCGCGCUGCAUGGAAAGGAUGUCUUGGAGGCGUGCGAGACUUAGCAGUGUAUGAGUCUGCUGGCCGUUGCGAUUACGCCUACCUUGGUGAGUGACACUUUUGACAGAUGUACGACUUCUUAUAUACGCGUAAGGAACCGUUGGCAAGGGACUGCUGUACUUCAGGGCAUGACGAGAUACGAUACGGCGAUGGCUGGAAUGGGCUUAUCCCGAUGCGCACUUCACAUGAGGUACCGUGCCCCCUGUGCUGCGCUGCAAGUGAAGUAAAGCCCAGACGUAGACCAGGUGCAGACGUACUUGGGACGUACAUAUAUAUAGGCACCGUGUCAGGUGGUUGCUCAGCCCUCACCAGUGGCUGGCCCUGCAUGAUGACGGCACAAUCGGGGACAAUCCCAUGCGGUGUAACACUUCUUAC